AUGGUAUCACUGGUACUGGCAGAUACUGCAGACAGUUCAGAUCUAUCUAAAGCUGCGAUUACCGUUGAAGAAUCAACUUCUGCACAACAACCGAAAUUCUUCAAUUACCAUGAAUUUGUGAUUACAAAGUACAGAGCACUAGAUGAGGAAUCAUGCGAAGAGCAUGGACCUGAGAAUCCAAUCUGCAUCACCCAUUUUCCAAACAUAUACGUACCUGAAGAAAGCGAUGAAUUUAGAACCACUAGAGUCGUUCGAAUUCCCAGAAGGUUUGAGUCAUCCACAGAAUUUCCUAAUUUCAGCACACAGUUACCUGGGUCUGAACCAGCAGCCUUACCAGAUACUCACAACAAGGAGUUCGUUCCGGCAGGAGAGUUUGAAGGCCAAUGGUAUGGCGAAACGUCAGUGAGCCCAUUAUCAAACUAUUUGGAUCAAGCGGAAUGGACUGAAAUUGUAACUCGAAUCAAUUCACUCUUAGAGGCUGCAUACAACCCAAUAACCAGAAGAAAUUUUGUCAACGUCAUAUUGGACCUCUUGACACUGAACUUAUGGAGUAUCAUCGAGCCAUACCUGUUCGUUAACCCGUUGCAAUCAGUUGAAGACUAUGUCUCGGAAAUCAAUCGAUCGGAAUCGUUCAGAUUGAAGGGCAUAAAGAUCAUUCCGCCCCGAGAAAGCUCAUAUCUAUCGGUAUGUAUAGAUAGCCCAGCAUGGAUUAAACCAUGCACAGCCAUAAAUGAACCCUUACUAACCCAUUGUGACACCCUUAUCGUCCUUCUUUAA